AUUUACCUCUCACGAACCACCACGAUGGACGCCAUGAAGAGGCUCGGGGCAAGGGCCAGUGCGUGUUCAGUGUGAGCUGAUCUGACGCCGGCCAUGAGGUCUCGCCAAAACGGCAUCAUUGAUCCAAUGCUUUUCCAGCUUAGCCUUUUGGCUUUUCUCUCUCUCUCCCCUGUCACAACAUGGCCGUGGCGCUUGAGAACCCCCGGAGCCCCUCAACUCGACUCCCGUCAAGGCCGUUCUUGUACUCGCACAUAGGAAAGCAUCGUGAGAGCUACCUAGUACAGGUUUAUUACAGCACGCCAGAAACGUCUCCAACGGAGCUCGAUUGCGCUAUGAGCUUUCCGCUCUUUCGCCCGGCUGCGGCACCUUUGGACAACGCCAGACACGAUUCAUCGUCAAAUGUCCCGACCUCUAAACCUUGUACAUCCGUCUCACUCACAUACGAGUAUGCAGCUCCGAUUGAAAAUACGCAAUCCUGUAGUUUCACCUCAUCAAUCCCGCCGCUCAACCUCCAACCGCCGUGGACUGUACUACUCGCUGCGCCCCUCACCCAUCCCACACCAUCCUCAUGUCCAUAGCCCACAAUCGAACGAACCAAGGAAGUAAGCCUGAUACCCACCUCUGUCAAAACAAACACUCUCCACUACUCAAACGAAUUACUCCAUCGUCGGCCAAGGAAGCACCGCCCUUUGUAGCAGGCGUAUCCCAGCGACACUCCCGCCGCAAAACGCCGGAGCUCGACUCGCUGGAAGCCCCGAGAGCGGCGCCUUUUUUCGGAUCGAGGACAUGGGC